GUGGGAGCUGCCAGGCCUGGGAGCUGGGAGGGGGAUAAUGCCAGUGUUUGCAAUGCAUGCUUGCUGCAGAUACUGUCACAGGCUGUGCUGUGGAAGAGGUAGUAGCAAUAGCUGAGAGCCUGGUGCUGAUGGACAGAAGCUGUGCUGGGCACACGUGCUGCAGGCUAUGUUAGUGCCCCUCUCCGGGCUGCCUUGUGGAGGAGGGGGACUGACAUCCCAAUCUGCUGCGGGUGGAUGGUGUGUAUGGACUGGAACUGGAGUGCAUUGACUGAUGUUGUCCAGUCUUUACUUCCUAAAUAUUGCAAGUACCAUCUAUUUCAGAUCACCAGGAGAUGUUGAGGAAAUAAACCUAUUUACAGUCAGCUGAGAUACUUCACAGUUAGAGUUUGGUGAAAGCCAUGCGAUCUGCCUAAAUACAGAUGGUCUGAUACUGUCACCUCCACAGGAAGAAAUCUCUCUUCAUACAAAUGAGGCCGCACUCUGCACGCUCCCGUAGCUGCUGAGAAUGGCUCCAGUCUUGCAGAAUAUCGUUGGAGCCCAAAGCUGGGGCCUCAGCAGUGAGCAAACGCUGGUCAUAGCAUGGGGAGGUCUAGCUGCCGUGUCCACCUUCCUCUUUAUUACAAUCCUCAUCUUCCUCUGCUCCAGCUGUGACAGGGGAAAACGGGCAAAACAUCAAAACGGUGACCAUGAAAAUCUGAUGAAUGCGCCUUCUGACAAGGAGACACACAGCCACUCUGUGACGAGCCUGGGAACCGAGGCACCAGCCAGCAGUUACCGGAAUGGUGCGGUCAGUACAGGCGAUGUCUCAGAAGACAGUACAGCGACCUGUGUUCCGACAUACGAGGACGUGCAGAGCUCUCUCCCUGACUUGUGCGAUCUCCAGGACUUCACAGGAAAGUCUGUGAGAUGCCCUCAGACCAGAGAGCUGCCUCAGAUCCCUGCGGAGAGUAACCUAGAGUCUGCCCUUUCAACUGGCAGCACAGAAAAUGAUGCCCCACUGUACAACGAGGGGGCAUACGAGGUGCUGAAAGACAGCUCUUCCCAUGAAAACAUUAUUGAAGAUUCGCUCUACGAGACUGUAAAAGAAUUAAAGGACAUUAGCUCUUCAACCAGUGCAGAGGAAAGGAACCUAACCAUGAACAUGCCACAUGCCAGCCCGACAAUCACCGAGUGUAGAAUGGAGGCUGCCGUUGAAUACGCCUCUGUGGACCAUAAUCGUAAAAGCAGGCAAAGCAUCAACACUCAGAGUGCGGCCAGUACACCGACCUAUCAGGAUGAUGACAUACCCCCGCCCCUUCCGAAGAAACUGCUGGACGAGAAUGAGAAUGUGCAAAGCAAAGAGCAACAGGAGGAGCAGAAGGACCAAGACGGUGGAGCAAGCGAAGAAGACAAGAGACAGAGUCAUCUAUCCUACAAAUCUCGGGAAGAAGACCCAUGCCUGACAGAAGAUGAUAUUUCUGCAAUGUAUUCAAGUGUGUCUAGAACCGGACAAUCUCUGAGACUUCAAGAAGACCUCUCCCAUUAUUCCUACAUCCAAGAUGUUGAGAUAUCGCCAACGAGCUGCAAUGGAACUUAUGCUACAGUGAGGGAUAUUGAUAAAAGCCCCAACAUUAUUGAUUUGCCAGCUUCAAUUGAGAUAAUAAAUGGCAUACCUAACCCGGAAUAUGAAGCCAUUUCUGCCAUAAGCCAAAGAGAGGAGAGGACUACUGCUCUCUCUGGUGCUGGUCAGGGCGUGCUACCACAUGGUGAGAGCGACUAUGAAAGCAUUGGUGAUCUGCAACAAAAUGGAGACUACACUAAACUUUAAAGAGUGCAAAAAAGUAUUAUUAUUAUUUUCUAACUGAUAUAGCACAAUCCUUUGAAUGGGUUCUUCAUGUACCCUGCCUAGUCAUGGAUUUACGUCAAAGAAAAAGCACAGGUUUGCAUACAAGAACUGUCUCCCGGCUGCAUGAAGACAUUGAGUUGUGACAUUGAGCUAUUUUUUUUUAUGUGCCAUUUAUUUUCUUUAUAGGUAAAUUGAAAUAUUGUCUAAAAACUGGAUGACCCCAUACGGAGUAAGCAGUUAGGUAUUCAUGUGUCCUCUUUAUAGAAUACUUUAAUGAAGAAGAAUAAUCAGUUGUAGUCAGAUGUAUAUUUUAUUAUCAUUGAACCUGUAUUUAAUUUGAAAAUUGUUUGUGUAUUUGUUUUUUUGUAUUGAUCGGUUUUGUUAGUAAGUUUGGUUAUAGCUUAUAGUCACUGUUGCUAGAAGUUUCUUUUUAAGGCUUUUUAUUAGCAACACAUACCAGGAUAAUCAGAAUUGCGCUUUUUCCCCCUCUAAAAAACGAAUUGCAAAGUUGAGUUCUAUUUCACACUUUGUAAAUAUUGGGAAUGUGUAACAUUUCCUAAAGGAAAUAUUUUGCUAUAAUACAGGGAAGAGGGUGACAAAGCAUUAGGGCAAAGGUGUGUACACACGGCGUGAUGCUCCGUGUGCCCAACAUUAACGCUUCGGCCCCGCUGAUAUAGUCAAUGUUGGGCUGCCUGCACAGUCUAUUUUUCCUUGCGAUGCCGAUCUCGCGGGGCCGCGCAUCGACAUCGUAAGCUGUGUACACACGGUGCAAUAUGCACUAACUUUCCUUAUGAUUUUGACUAUAUAGUGAAAAUCGUAAGGAAAGUGAAGUGCCUGUCGCACCGUGUGUGUGCACCUUAAGAGUUAUUACACAAAAUGCUGGUUAUUCAGUUGUAGCCCAUGUUUUAUGAUUUUAACAGCGUUGGCAAUUUCAAAAGAUUACUUUUUCUUACAGCCAAUAAUAAAGGCUUUUAGAACA